AUAGCUCCCUCCACACGCAUCUUUCCAAGUUUCCCAACUUCCUAUAGCUUCUCCUUACUCUCGUGAUACCCUUCCCCCAGGACAUAACCUUCCAAAUUCUCACAGUCUCCGUCCAUCUGUCUCCUAUCCUCUCCUCUUGUUACACACACACGCACACACACACACACAACUGCCCUCAGAAUGGCAUCCUCCUUCUUCUCCCUCGAAGGCCAAACAGCCCUCGUAACAGGCGGCACCCGCGGCAUCGGCGCCGCCGUAGCCGUGGGCCUCGCCGAGGCCGGCGCGGACGUCCUCCUUGUCCAGCGCGACGAGUCCUCCCAGUCCACAAAGCAAGCCAUCGAGAAGCUCGGCCGCAAGGCCACGAUCUACACGGCGGACCUGAGCUCGCAGGAGAGCGUCGCCGCGCUGGUGCCCAAGGUCCUCAAGGACGGCCACGAGAUUCGUAUCCUCGUCAACUGCGCGGGUAUCCAAAAGAGGCAUCCGUGUGAAAAGUUCCCCGAUGAGGACUUUAAUGCCGUCAUGCAAGUUAACCUCACCUCCGUCUUCACAAUCACCCGCGACGUAGGAGCCCACAUGCUCAACCUCGCCCCGCACCCGACCACCGGCCGCAAGGGCUCCGUCAUCAACUACGCCUCCCUCCUCACCUUCCAAGGCGGUUUCACCGUGCCCGCCUACGCCGCCUCCAAGGGCGCCGUCGGCCAGCUGACAAAGUCCUUCGCCAACGAGUGGACCUCCAAGGGUAUUACUGUGAACGCCAUUGCGCCGGGCUACAUUGAGACGGAGAUGAACACGGCGCUAUUGAACGAUAAAGAGCGCCUCGCGAGCAUCAGCGCGAGAAUCCCCGCGGGCAGGUGGGGUACGCCCGAGGACUUCAAGGGCACGUCGGUGUACCUUGCGAGUCGGGCGAGUGGGUAUGUGAGUGGGCAUGUUCUGGUUGUUGAUGGUGGCUGGAUGGGUCGGUAAAGAGAGGUUCUGGGAAGCGAAAGGAUCCGGGAGAGAAGUGCUUCACCGGCAGAAAUCUAGACGAACAUAAUGAGAAAGAACGA